AAACCUUCUAGAGUUUCGCAUGAUUACUUCAAGGCUGAUUGUAGAUUAAAUAUUAACACUACCCCUCUCUGCGAUUUAAUGAAUCAAUCAUUCGAUCGCCGUUGUAAUUUACCACAUAGCCAGUAAAGUUUACUGCAUCACCCUAUCAAGGAUAAGUUACAACCUCGUUGUUAGCCAUGGAGUUUGCCAAGCGGUACUUUGUGCGCCACCGUAAUUUGUGGAGCAGUGAGUUCAAAAAUCCAAAGGCUUUGUACGAAAGUGCCUCCGAAUCUGCGAUGCGUUUGGCUGACGUUUGUGGGGCCGAAAUUUUCCGUCAAAAUUACACCCGGAACAAUCGGCGGUUGGCUCUGCUGUACGCUGACUUUACGCUGUACCUGGUGCUUAGUUUCUGGUGCAUUACAGUUCUGUGGGGUCAGCUACUUGACGUUAUGUUUUGCGUCGUAAUGAUUGGAGGGGCUGUGCAGGCUUUUGCAAAGAUUCACAGCUACACCAAUCCCACGAUUCAUGAACUUCAAAUGUGCAAUUUGGAAAACUUUCAAAACGUUCGAAAAUAUGACGAGUUCGAGGAAGCGAUGUGGAAUGCAGCGACUUUUUGCAAAUUUGCCGUGAUUUUUUACGCAAUCUUCGCAAAAAUCAUGAUCGGAUUGAUUGUAGCGUAUUCAAUCGUGAGCUCUCUCGUGGGCGAACACUACGUAUUGCCGUUUGGAUACUUCUUUCCAUGGAUUGACCGGGACACCUUGGCUGGAUAUUGGAUUAAUUUCGCUUACCAAAGUACAUUACUGGUGUACGGCUAUUGUGGAUUGCAAGCUUCAGAUCUUGUAUUCAUAUUUUUUAUCAUUCAUGCAAUUGCACGACUGGAGAUAAUCAUAGUUUAUCUAAAAAAACUCGAUCUCUUGACACAAUCACCAGAGUUGGAACGGAAUGGAUCUGCCAUAAAUGAGUUAUUGGAUGAUAUUAUCGAAAAACACAUUCAACAUACUGGGAAUCUCAGUGAUUUGGACGAUGUUUUGCAAAACGGCAUUUACGUCAACUUUGGCAGCUUGAUCGCUCAAACUGUCUUUUCAUGUUAUAUUCUUGUAACGGCUGAUGAAAUCUGGUACACGGGGUCGGCGGUAGCGUUUGGCAGCGCAUUGCAGUUGUUUUCCGCUUGUUUGAUGGGAACGCUGCUGUCCAGUAAAGUAAGUUAGCUCAUGGAGCCAUAAGUUACCCACAAAAGCUUUUUUGUUAGGAGUACAUUUUCAAGCAUUUGAUAAAAAUGCACUUGAAAUUUGUAGUCUCAACUAUAUAAACUAUAAUGA